AUCUCUCCCUCUUUAUACUGGUCUCUGGGGGAUACAGAGUGACUCUCACUCCCACCAUGUCUAGAGCUUCAGAAUCUGGAGCUAAACCUAAGAAAUUUGAUGAACAAACAAGUGAUUCAUACGGGAAUAUAUCAUCAAAUUUGUUUCGUAUAAAAAAACAGAUUCAAUCGUCGAGAUUAGCUUCGAUUAAAGAAAAACUUAAACGAAAUCAAAAGAGUUUAAAAGUGAAUACAUCUCAGCUACUUCAAUUGGCAACGUCAAGAAAUGGAUCAACAAAUAUGGUUUCAUCUAGAAUCGAAAGGCCAUUAUGUAAGCUAAGUGGUUGCGGUGGUCAUGGGUUAGGGGAAAAAGAUUAUGUUAAUUGUCAGGAUGUUUAUGGCUCAGCGACUACUAAGCUUCCUUUUGUUGAGAAGAUAUCACCUUAUACCACAUGGAUUUUCUUGGACAAAAAUCAGAGGAUGGCUGAAGAUCAAUCAGUGUUUGGGAGGAGACAGAUAUACUAUGAUCAGCAUGGUGGUGAAACUGUGAUUUGUAGUGACAGUGAGGAAGAGCUUCCUGAACCAGAGGUGGAGAAGCAUGAGUUUUCGGAAGGUGAAGAUCAGAUGUUGUGGAGGGCUUUUCAACAGCAUGGGUCAACUCAGGAAGUGUUGAAUAUUCUGACCCAAAUUAUUAAGGCCACUUCAUCUGAAAUUCAGGACAGGUACACGAGUUUGCUAGAGAAGUAUCAAGAAGAACAUCCUAAAGAGGUUGAAAGUUCCGGGAAAACUAAAACGGGAAUAGUUCUGGACAAGAGUCUCGAUGCAGCUUUAGAUUCCUUUGAUAAUCUUUUUUGUCGCCGUUGUUUGGUAUUUGACUGCCGUCUUCAUGGCUGUUCUCAAAAUCUGAUCGCCCCUGGUGAGAAGCAGCUAUAUUCAUCUGGGCCUGAUGAGAAUAAGAAACCUUGUGGUGAACAGUGUUUCCUUCAGGCAAGUAAAGGUGCUGAAGGGCUACCUGAAGGACCAGCCAAGAAAGAUGAAAUUUUACUUUCCUCUAAAUCAGGAUCUUGUCCUGGUAAUGUUGUCACAGAAACUAAACCUGAUGAAAGAAUCAGUGAUGGAAAAAGAGCUGCUGCUAGUAUCUCCAAAUCGGCUGUUGGAGCUUCAAUGAAUGUUGGAUCUCUUUCAGGAAUACCAUCCAAUGAUAAUUUAAACAAGCGCAAGAUUUUAAAAGAUGCGACUAUAACAUUAGGUGGUCCAACAAUGUGUUCCGAUAGACUUCAGCAUGCUAGCAAGAAACUAAAAAAAUUAUCAAUUUCAGAUGUAACAAAUGUGGCUACUGAAGGUCAAAGGAAUUCGGGUAGUGUUUCUAGCACUGAUAGCAUGCGUCCAUAUCCUGGAUCACUCGAUGAGAAUGAGAAGAAGAAACGUGAUCAUGUUUCAAGACUUCCAAGUGAACUUACUGGAUAUUCUACCACUAAGCAUGUCCUGUCUGGCACUGUUGUCAGUGGAGAGAAAGAUGCCAAUGUUAGAGAACGUUUAGAAAGCAUUAGCAUGCAUGUAGAUUUGUUAAAUCAGUCUUCUAAUUCCUUAGAAAGCAAAGCAGAAGGAUCUUCAAGUGGCUGUGGGUGGAAACCUAUUGAGAAGGAGCUGUACUUGAAAGGAGUAGAGAUAUUUGGGAAAAACAGUUGUCUAAUAGCCAGGAACUUACUUCCUGGUUUGAAGACUUGCAAGGAGGUAUCUACAUACAUGCUUGGAAAUGGGAAUGCCAUGCUGCAAAAAUCUUCUCUUUCACCAAAUUCAUGCUUUGAUGACAGUGAAAAACUUGACACUGAUUGUGCGGAUCAAGAUAUGCCGACUAGAUCAAAAAUAUUCCGUCGGAGGGGCAAAAACCGCAAGCUAAAAUAUUCUGCUGGUCAUCCAUCAAGUCGCAAAAGAAUAGCUGAUGGGAAGGACCAAACAGUUAAGCAAUAUACACCAUGUGAGUGUGAUUCUAUGUGUGGAAAGCAGUGCUCCUGUCAUAGUAAUGGAACUUGCUGCGAGAAGUACUGCGGGUGUUCCAAGAGUUGCAAGAAUCGAUUUAGGGGAUGCCACUGUGCCAAGAGUCAGUGUAGAAGUCGUCAAUGUCCAUGUUUUGCUGCUAGGCGUGAGUGUGAUCCAGAUGUGUGUAGAAAUUGCUGGAUUAGCUGUGGAGAUGGCUCACUUGGCGAACCACCAGCAAGAGGAGAUGGUUAUCAGUGCGGCAAUAUGAAGCUCCUUCUAAAGCAGAGACAGAAAAUCCUUUUGUCCAAGUCUGAUGUUGCUGGAUGGGGAGCGUUCAUAAAGAACCCUGUUAACAAAAAUGAUUACCUUGGAGAAUACACUGGUGAGCUAAUAUCCCACAGAGAAGCAGACAAGCGAGGAAAGAUUUAUGAUCGUGUUGAUUCUUCAUUCCUUUUCGAUUUGAAUGAUCAGUAUGUUCUUGAUGCUUAUCGUAAAGGAGACAAGCUGAAAUUCGCGAACCAUUCAAAAAACCCCAAUUGUUAUGCAAAGGUGAUGUUUGUAGCUGGAGAUCAUCGUGUUGGUAUUUUUGCAAAAGAGCACAUUGAGGCUAGUGAAGAGCUAUUUUAUGAUUACUUUUAUGGUCCUGCUCAAGCACCACCAUGGGCUCGAAAACCCGAGUGUUCCAAAAAAGAUGAUUCAUCAGCUCCUCAUGCUCGUGCUCGGAAACAAUCUAAUUGAUAAACACAAAGUGUUCAAACGUACGAGUCAUUUGCACUACAACUCCGUGACUCGAUACAGUUGAAACCAUGAUGUAUAUAGGUAAUGUGGAAUUUAAAAUGGAAGCUUUUCAAAGCUAAAUAAGGUAAAACUACAUCGAAGUAAUAUGCAUCGAAGUAAUAAGAUAUGUAAUAAGUUUUGUUUACUCAACUUGGUUUGAUGUUUUUAAGAAUAUGUUUCAGCAAUGGAAUUCAAUCAUAUAUGAUUUGUCAAGUCAA